GAGUCCAGGGAACACACAGUCAGAACUGACUGAGGUGGCUUCGCAUGGGAACUCCCUCUCUGCUUCUAUUGUAUUAUCAUCUCUGCUUCCCUCUUCGUCCUCUUUACCUCCCCCUGUCUUUUCUGAUUCAAAUUGUCCUCCCUCUUUAGCCUCUCCCCGACUAACUGAGUCCCUCUCACAGAGUCCAGAAGAAAAUCUAAAAGAGUCCAUUGUCCCAGACUUAAAUGGAACAGGCCUUUCUGAUCCAUUUACCAAUACACAAAAGAAAGAGGAAAAAACACCCUCCUCACUCUCCUCGCUCUCCUCAGACAUGUCGGACAACAUCCAUCCCUCAGCGUCAUCCUCUCUCGUCCUGGAGUUUGAGGAACUUUGUCCCACGCUGCCCUGCCUUUUGCCUAACCCUUCCUUUCCAGUUUGUCAUUCUGCCUUGUCAUCACAAUCACAUGAUUCAGAUGGUCUGAUAGUUCCAGCUGUUGAAAGAAUUUCAGACCUGACAGAGCAGUCCAUCUCCCAACAGGACAGACCAAGUUAUCAUGAUGAUAAUACAAACCCUGCUCCAGCGUUUCCUGUCCAAGAUGUUUUUCAUGCUCAGAAGAAUCACCUCUCCUUGGACUUGGAGGACACCCAUCAGAGGAAUGGAACGGGAGGGUUAGAGGGUGAGAGACAUACUGACACUGUGCAGACUCGAGAGACUGUUGUUUACAUCUCAGAUACGGAGAGUUCUGCAGACCUGUCAGAAGGUUCUAGAUUAGUCUCUAAGGAAGUAUGUAACCAAACAGAAAUAGAUCCAAAGGUCUUGUCCUGUAGUUUGCAUGACAAGCUCUCAACUGGAACCCAACCGGAAGAGUGUCAAAGGGAAGUUAAUGGCUCAGAAAGUGAAUCACUCAGAAGUUCUUUAGUUUUACUUGAUGUUGUGCCAGAAACACACAGUAUAACUGAAGUGGAACCAAAGGAUCUAAUCAGGAUUGAGAGCUUAGAUCUGGUAUUUCAAACCUCAGUGGAUGGCUCGGAAGAGGAAAAUGGAGAUAUGGAGGCUUUUUUUCAGCAGCUUGAUACUGAAGGGCGAGCCUACUGGGCAGAACCCAUCCUGGUAUCCAAUGCAUCCCCUGUGCUUGAGGAGUCAGACAGCUUUGUUCUAGAUGAAUCUUCAUCCACCGACAGAGCUAUGACUUUAUCUGCAUCAUCCUCAACAACAAUAGACACUAACCAGACUUCAAGAGAUGCAACUGCCUCCUCAGACACACCCUCCUCCUUGAGUCUUCCAUUAGCAUCCCCUGUGGGAGCCCCAGACCCCAAGCCAUCAAGCUGCUCUGUUUCUGUCCAGAUGUCUUCAUCUCCCUCUUCUCAUAUUGUCCACAGGACGGAUGUUCCCUACAUGACUGACUCAAAAUGCACCCUUCUGCCUAGUGUCCUCCCUUUGGACACCUCCACCCCUUUCCGCGCUGUCCAGUCAUGGACAGACCUGCAGAUCCAACGAAACACUCACACCCAGAAGUUAUCACAUGGGGCUCUUCAUGCUGCCCCAAAGGAAGCCGUAUCCACGUGUGCCACAGACACGACACCUGCGCUGGACUCCUCUUCGUCUCCAUAUUUCCCUCUGAUGUCUAAUGACUCGCAGUCACAAGAGUCUCUUCCUGGAAAGGCUAGAAAUGACCAUCCUAUUUCCGUCUCUGUGGAUAAAGGGCUGUGGGCUGAUGAGGACGAAGAGGUGGACAAGAAUGGAAUUGAAGAUGAGGAGAGGUUUUGGGAGGGCAAUCAGACUGCCACCGUGGCAUGCUGCCGCUCCUGUGACCAUCAGUGUACCUGUACUCGGAAGAGCUACGACGAGCAACACGCUCUAGGAAACAAUUCUUACUCUCUGGAUGAGUUGGAGGAGAUGAUGCUGUGUCUGCAGCGGUUUCGUUCUGUACUCGGUAACAUGGAGGAGCAGCUCUCUGAAGAUCAGGCUGCAGUUUACAAUGCUCUGUCUGACCAGGACAGGGAGAAGGUUCAGGACAUAGAGGAGCUGAGGCGAGCAGUGAAACAGGAGGCUGGGGAGCUGGAGAUGCAGUUGAAUGAACUGGCCCAUCACUAUGAUGACAGCUUGAAAAUGAAGAUGCACAGACUGUUGGAUGAGCAGUCUCUGCUCUGCUCUCAGCUCAGCGUCCCCGCAUCCCCAAGCCCCGCCCCCAACAGGACGGUGGCCACGCAGUGCUGUCUGCUGCCCUGGAUCCCUCCAGCUGACCUGCAGAGCGCUCACGUCUCCUCCUGGAGAACCUGGGAUGCGUACUCCCUCAGACAGUCACCUCCUGGAUCAAAGUGCAUGUGUGAGGGCCUGCGCUGUUCUCACACUAAGGCAGAUAAGCUGGACAUGAUGGGCAUCCUCCAGAGAUUGAAGGAGUCUUUGCGUCAUUCUGUCAACACAGACUCGUUGGAAUAAAAGCUGCGCCGGAAGUCUUCUGAAGAAGAGGCCUUAUCUUUCCAGAUGUUUCACAUCUGACUCUAGAACCACUAUAAGCUGCAUGAGAUGCAAACUACUGUCUUUGUUGUAAAAGAAAAAUGUAUAAUAAAACAAAAGCAAUAACUACAUAGGGAUGCUUAUUACCAAAUGAUAUUAAUAUAAAUGUAAGAGUUAUUUAAUGAAGAUGUUAUGAAUGCAUGAAUGAAUACCGCCACUACAAUAAACGUUAGAAGAGUGAA